GGGCGCGUCCGGCCGGGCGAGUGGUGCCUCGCGGGGCGUUCUGCCGGCGGAGUCGCAGCGUUCGCGGCUGGAAUGGUGCUGGCGCCGGCGUUCGGUGCCGGCGUUCUACGGAGGGAGCAGCCCGAGCGCAGGAGCCGCGAUGGAGAUGCUGCUGCUGCAGCCGUUGGGAUGUACCAAGCUGUGCCAUCAGAAGCCUCUGGAUUUGAAAGAUGAUAAUACUGAAAAGCACUGUCCUGUUACAGUGAACCCCUGGCAUAUGAAGAAAGCUUUCAAAGUUAUGAAUGAAUUAAGAAGUCAAAACUUGCUGUGUGAUGUGACAAUAGUAGCUGAAGAUAUGGAAAUUGCAGCUCAUAGAGUUGUGCUAGCAGCUUGCAGUCCGUACUUCCACGCCAUGUUUACAGGUGAAAUGAGUGAAAGUCAAGCAAAGAGAGUUCGAAUAAAGGAAGUGGAUGGCUGGACCCUAAAGAUGCUCAUUGAAUAUGUUUACACUGCUGAAAUUCAGGUUACAGAAGAAAAUGUACAGGUACUUCUCCCGGCAGCUAGCUUGUUGCAGUUGCAGGAUGUAAAGAAGAGUUGCUGUGAUUUUCUGGAAACCCAGCUUCAUCCUGUCAACUGUCUGGGCAUUCGUGCUUUCGCUGACAUGCAUGCAUGCACAGACCUACUGAACAAGGCCAACAUAUAUGCAGAACAGCACUUUACUGAGGUGGUACUUUGUGAAGAAUUUCUGAAUCUCGGCGUAGAACAAGUGUGCAGCUUAAUAUCAAGUGACAAACUCACAAUUGCAUCAGAAGAAAAGGUAUUUGAAGCAGUGAUAGCUUGGGUCAACCACGACAAAGAUGUGAGACAAGAGCUUAUGGCACGCCUCAUGGAACACGUCCGCCUACCAUUGCUCUCCCGAGAGUAUUUGGUUCAGAGAGUUGAAGAGGAGGCGCUAGUUAAAAACAGCAGUGCAUGUAAGGAUUACCUUAUUGAAGCAAUGAAGUACCAUUUGCUGCCACUUGAGCAAAGAGCUUUGAUGAAGAGUACCCGGACCAGGCUGAGAACACCUGCCAUUCUCCCAAAACUGAUGAUGGUGGUUGGAGGACAGGCGCCAAAGGCCAUCCGCAGCGUGGAGUGUUAUGAUUUUAAAGAAGAACGUUGGCAUCAAGUUGCUGAGCUACCUUCCAGAAGAUGCAGAGCAGGAGUGGUCUAUAUGGGUGGCCUGGUCUUUGCUGUUGGUGGUUUCAAUGGCUCCUUGAGAGUUCGCACAGUGGAUUCAUACGAUCCAGUGAAGGACCAAUGGACAAGUGUUGCUAAUAUGCAAGACAGAAGAAGCACUUUAGGAGCUGCUGUAUUAAAUGGGCUUCUGUAUGCUGUGGGAGGAUUUGACGGGAGUACAGGUUUAUCUUCGGUAGAAGCCUAUAAUAUGAAGACUAAUGAGUGGUUUCACGUGGCUCCGAUGAAUACAAGGAGAAGUAGCGUUGGUGUAGGUGUAGUUGGAGGUAUGCUGUAUGCAGUUGGUGGCUAUGAUGGUGCAUCACGCCAGUGCCUUAGUACAGUGGAGUGCUAUAACUAUAGUACAAAUGAAUGGACCUAUGUUGCCGAAAUGGGCACUAGGCGUAGUGGAGCAGGCGUUGGUGUCUUAAACAACUGUUUGUAUGCAGUUGGGGGCCAUGAUGGUCCUCUGGUUAGAAAAAGCGUUGAAGUGUAUGAUCCCACCAUCAAUACAUGGAAACAGGUUGCAGAUAUGAAUAUGUGCAGGAGAAAUGCAGGAGUUUGUGCUGUGAAUGGGCUCUUAUAUGUAGUUGGAGGAGAUGAUGGUUCCUGUAACUUGGCAACAGUGGAAUAUUAUAACCCAACCACAGAUAAGUGGACUGUUGUAUCAUCCUGUAUGAGUACAGGAAGGAGCUAUGCAGGUGUAACUGUUAUUGACAAACCAUUGUGAGCUAGAGAAAUAUUUUACCUUGAUUGUGCACUAGAAGCAAGCUUCAGCAGAAGUUAUUGAAGUGAAUAAGCACCAAAGCACUUCUCAAGUUAUAGCUGCACAUUGAGCAUGUUGGAAGCUGUGAUCUCCUACCAUUAAGGAUGAAAAUGAAGAUUAUUCUAGGUUGAAGCAAUGUGCAAUAAUGCUUUAUUUGACACUGAGCCACAUCUAAUUGAGAUGUAGCAAAGAUAUAUGGACCACAGUACUUAUUUGUUGGAUCUCUGGGCAAAAUUCCUUUCUUAAGGACCAAUCAUGUUUGUCAUGGUUGAAUCUGGUUUUUUUUUUUAAUCUG